AGCGGAGGGGGCGGGCAGCCGCAGCCGCGGCGGGCGGGCGGAGCGCGGCGGUGUGUGCGCGGCCCGGCCCCGGCUCAUUACUCAGCGGCCGAGGCAGGAGGCGGCGGCGGGAGGUGGCCAGAAACAAAAUUUGGAUGAAGCAAUUGAACUAAGUUGCCGUCAUGAGCAGAAGCAAGCGCGACAACAAUUUCUACAGUGUUGAAAUUGGAGAUUCUACGUUCACUGUGUUGAAACGGUAUCAAAACUUGAAACCAAUAGGAUCAGGAGCACAGGGGAUAGUAUGUGCAGCUUAUGAUGCCAUCCUUGAAAGAAAUGUUGCAAUCAAGAAGCUAAGCCGACCAUUUCAGAACCAAACCCAUGCUAAAAGAGCCUACAGAGAGCUUGUUCUUAUGAAGUGCGUUAAUCACAAAAAUAUAAUCGGCCUAUUGAAUGUGUUCACACCACAAAAAUCACUGGAAGAAUUUCAAGACGUCUACAUAGUAAUGGAGCUCAUGGACGCAAAUCUCUGCCAAGUGAUUCAGAUGGAGCUGGACCAUGAACGAAUGUCCUAUCUUCUUUAUCAGAUGCUGUGUGGUAUCAAACAUCUUCACUCAGCUGGAAUUAUACAUAGGGACUUAAAGCCCAGUAAUAUAGUAGUAAAGUCAGACUGCACUUUGAAGAUUCUUGACUUUGGACUGGCCAGAACUGCAGGAACUAGUUUUAUGAUGACGCCUUAUGUAGUGACUCGUUACUACAGAGCACCAGAGGUCAUCCUAGGGAUGGGAUACAAAGAAAACGUUGACAUUUGGUCAGUUGGGUGCAUCAUGGGAGAAAUGAUCAAAGGUGGUGUUUUAUUUCCUGGUACAGAUCAUAUUGAUCAGUGGAAUAAAGUUAUAGAGCAGCUAGGAACACCAUGUCCUGAAUUUAUGAAGAAAUUACAGCCCACUGUCCGAACUUAUGUUGAGAACAGACCCAAAUAUGCUGGAUAUAGCUUUGAGAAACUCUUCCCAGAUGUUCUUUUCCCAGCUGAUUCUGAACACAACAAACUUAAAGCAAGUCAAGCAAGGGAUUUGUUGUCAAAAAUGCUCGUUAUAGAUGCCUCUAAAAGAAUUUCUGUGGAUGAAGCCCUCCAGCACCCGUACAUCAAUGUUUGGUAUGAUCCAUCAGAAGCAGAAGCUCCUCCACCAAAGAUACCAGAUAAGCAGUUAGAUGAGAGGGAACACACGAUAGAAGAAUGGAAAGAAUUGAUAUACAAGGAAGUCAUGGACCUGGAGGAAAGAACCAAGAACGGGGUUAUACGUGGACAGCCAGCCCCUUUAGCACAGGUGCAGCAGUGAUCAAUGGCUCUCAACAUCCAUCUUCAUCGUCAUCUGUCAACGAUGUGUCUUCAAUGUCAACAGAUCCAACAUUGGCCUCUGAUACAGACAGCAGUCUAGAAGCUUCAGCUGGACCUCUGGGUUGCUGUAGAUGACUACUUGGUCUUUUGGGGGGUGGGAGGGGGGUCCUUUUAGUCAUUAAUAGGGCACCUUUAAAAUUUGGUGGUAUUUUUGAGUGUUUUUUCAAAAAUAAUCGUAGAACUCAUCAUAAAGUGCUGUAAUUUUAAACUGUAAGUUGUGUUAAAAGCAGCCACUUUUUUUGCUGUAAUUAACUGUAAAAUAUUAAACCUGAUAAUUUUUAUUGUGGUUUUAAAAUCUGCAUAUUUGCUUUACUAUUAUGCUGCUGAUCUUUUUUUACUGAAUUUGUAAGAUUUGUUUUAUCAAAGCACAUAUUAAUGUUGUGGUCAUUACCAUAUCAUGAAUUAUUUAAGAUUUUAUAGGUUUUCAAUUUUUUUAAUUAGAUUUUAUUCCAGAUGUUUUGUUCAUGAUAUCCUUCAAAGUUUUAUGCUUGGUCAUAUGUCCAUGUGGAGGUGGAGAGAGAAUUCAGUGCAGCCAGCUGUAGUUUUUUUGGGGCAUACUACUGUGGUGCUGGCAGUAAAGAAAACCCUCUUUAAUUUUGGCCACUUGCCUAUAAUACUUCAGUAAAAGCAACAGUUAAUGAAUUUUGUUAGAGAAACAAACCUUUGCAAAGAAAUUUCAUCUGAAUGGUUUUCUGAACUUAAGAAAACAAAAUCUAUCUUCAAGGCUGCAGAAAUAUCUAGCCUAACAGAGGGAUGUGAUGUUUUCUGCAGAAUUGUGGCAUGCCAAAUCUUGUGAUCGCCAUAAAACAAGAGGAUACUUCAUGAAUAACACAUUGCAAUGCAAAUAAACUGUUUACUUCUAGCUUGUAGCCUGUUUUUGUGCACACAAAACAAAGUGAAUCCAGGAUGUCUAGACUGCCAACAGGGAAAACAAGUAUACUUUCAUGUAGGAUAUAAUUCUUGGGAGUUUAGUUUUAGUAUUUUUGUCUGCUAAGGUGAGUGCUUUUUGGGGAGAAGAGGAAAUGACACGAAUGCAAUAGGGACAACACUUCAGCUAUUCUUUCUCCACCAAAACUAACUGAUAGCUAAACCCGUAAGUGGUAGAAGAACCUCAGGAUUUCUGUAGCUAAUGCAUUAAGUGAGCAAUAUAUGCCAUCCAAAGGAGGGAGAAGUAGUGCUGUAUAAAUUAAUAUUUAUCUAUUUCAUUUCACCAUGAGACCAGUGUAGCAGAAAUCUUAAUAAUGGUUCAUUUUAAGUCAUAAAUAUUGAGUAAUUUUCAGCACUGAAGCUCCAGAUUUCAAUACACUUUUUAAACAAAAGAUAUAUUGAAAUAUGUAGAACAGUUACUAAAUAGUCGUGUAAAAUGGUGCUGUUCCUCACAGAAGUAUUUUAACUGUUUACAUUUUAUAUUUACAGAAUGAUUUAUGUAUAACUGACUUAAGUUUAUGUAUGAGUUAAACAACCAUUCAGAAUUUAUUCCUUUGGAAAAUGCAGAUUUUUAGUGAAGCUAGGCUGUAUAAUUGAUGGCCUUGUGUAGAUGCAUAUUUUGUAGUGACUUAGAAUGUGAAGAGGAAUUCACAUUAGUCAUGCUCACAAAAAUGAGCAUAAGAAAUACAGAAGUCUUGCCAGGCACAGAGCAUAAGUAAAUAAUAUGACUGGC